UACGGUUACUGUAGGUGGGCGUGUACUACAUCGCGAGGACACGCCCAUUUCCAGCACACUUCAUCAUUCCACUCACUGCUGCUGUUCUGGAGUGGGCGAGUAUAUAAACAUGGAUGAGAAACAGCUGUCAUGCUUUCAAAAAUGAUGCCACUGAAGAGUUUAAUGGACACAUGGGCGCAUCACCUCACCAGACUCCAAAUAAUGCCUCCUUAAAUCGAGCGCGCAACGGAGGAAGACGAACGGAGAGCCGAGACCAAACCGCAGAACAGCAUCAGGUCGGUUGCAGGGAGCUGAGGUCCACUAAAUAUAUAUCUGAUGGCCAGUGCACCAGCCUAAAUCCCGUGAAGGAGUUAGUGUGUGCUGGAGAAUGUCUACCCACCCACUUGCUGCCCAACUGGAUCGGUGGAGGUCACUACUGGAGCAGACGGGACGCCCAGGAGUGGCGCUGUGUCACUGAACGCACACGCAUCCAGCGCAUUAAACUCCAGUGCCAGGAUGGCAGCACACGCACCUACAAGAUCACCGCCGUUACAUCCUGCACCUGCAAGAGAUACACGCGCCAAAACAACGAGUCCUCUCAUGCGCCUCAGAGUCCCUCAAAGGAUCAACCACUGCAGAACCCCAAGAAGAAAAAAAGCAAAAAUAAAAACUCAAAGCUUAAUUCUAAAAAUGAAUAGAGCCUCUCAUGUAUUGAGGGUGAGCCAUAUGGUGCAGAUUUGACCAACACAGCCCUGCUCAUGGAAGGAAAGUGACUUUGAACUACAAUGACACUGACUUGGACUGCAAUGAGAUGUACAGAUGUUUUUCUUUAUAUUUUCAGAUGUGGAUUAUUUUAUGACUGUAUAUGAGUAUGUGUGUAUGUGUAUGUGUGUAUGCACUUUUUGAGUGUAAUAUGGUUAAUGUUUUUAUACCAUGGUCUGUCUGAAUACUCGAUUCUGAUUGGCUGGCAAGUAUACAUUAAAACCGUUUAAUGCACAGGUAGUUCCAAGUCAGUUUAAUCACAGUUCUAUAUUAAUGCGCUGCUUUAAUUGAUGAACACAAACACACACAUCACUCGCACACAGACACACACAACUUAAUUCAAAUAAAUGCUAUAAUUCAUUCAAAUAAAUGUGGUCUUACCUCUGUGUCUGAUUUGAAGUGGGCAGAAUGCUAGAGCUAACAAGCCGUAACUGACAAAAAUAACCAUCAUUUUUACCUUUGGUCAAAUAUUGCACUGCAAACAUCAUUAACAGUUUUAACUUGUCAGUGCUGGCAAAUGACCAUGGUGUAUGCGGGAUAAUGCAUGGCUAGCUGUGCAUUAAAUGAUUUUAAUGCACUCCACGGAUGCAACAGGGUUCUUGGCUUCCACAUCGUGCAUUAAAAUUGUUUAAUGCACAACUAGUCGUGCAUUAUUACAUAUGUAUUAAUAACCUAUUUACAUAAAGCAAUUAUGUAUACUAUUACAAAUGAAAGAUGAAAGUUAAGGGAUAGUUCACACAAAAGUCAUCAUUUACUCACCCUCAAGUUGUCCUAAACCUGUAUGCAUUUCUUUCUUCUGUUGAACAUAAUAUAUUUUGAAGAAUGUGGGUAACCAAAGUUGCAUGUAGCCACUGACUUAAAAAUACUAUGGAAGUCAAUGGCUACAGGCAACUGUUUGAUUACCAACAUUCUUCAAAAUAUCUUCUUUUGUGUUCAACAGAAGAACAAGUUUGGAACAACUUA